UUACAUUAUAUAUUUUAUUGUAAUUAAAUGAAAAAUAUUUGCAUUUCACUAUUGGUCAGUAUUUGAAAAAUGUUAAUCGUGUGUUUAAGUUUAAGACGACCGACUUAAAAUCUUACCACUGAUCAAUUUUGUUCUUUAUAUUUCAAUGAUCAGUUAUUACUUCACAAUGUUUUUUCCUAGUACCUCGUCUCCCACUGGUACAUUGACAAAACUUAUAAUACUCAUCGUUUCUUGUACUCAUGUUUUUACAGGCAUUUUCGGAAAUUAAAUUUUUUAUGAAAAUAAAUAUUUCUACACCAUCAACAAUUUGUAACAAUAAGUCGUAUAAGAUUUAUCAUGUCGUAGCAAUAUGAACAGUACAGUUAGCUUUUAUCUUUUUAACCCAUUGUUAUUUAAAAAUUUUAUUAUUUCUGAAUUCUUAAAAAAAUGACUGAACAAGUAGAAGUUAAAGAAAACUUGCUAUCAAGUGAUCACGAAACACAAGAAAGAAUACCAAAGCCUUCUACUUCAAUACCAAGAUAUCAAAAUAAAUCAGACAACCUAGCAAGAAGUCCAAUAUUUAUACGCCCCUCUUUAUUGCCAUCUUCAUCAUCAUAUAAUUUUGAAAUAGGUAAAAAAAAACCAGAUACUCCACGACCUACUUCUAAGUCAUUCAGUUUAAACCCAUCUCGUUUAAGUUUAAACACAUCAAUAUCAACUACAAAAUCUUUAAAUAUUUCUUAUCAAAAUGAAAAAGAAAUCGAAGAAAUACAACCUGAAAAAGAAAAGCCUAUUCCAUCACCUCCUGCUGUAUUUGGAGCUGUACUAAAUAAAAGUCGCACUCAAAAACCUGAUGAGAUUUCAUUAGCCAGUGGUUUUGUAUUUGGUCAAAAUCUUCAUGAACGUGUAGAGUUAAAUAAAGAAGCUGAUUCAACUUCAGAAGAUGAUACAAAACUAAAUGAUACCCAAGAAGCUAAAGUUUCUUCAUCUUCAAAUGUUAUUUCACCUUCAUUUGGCAACCUUAAAAGUGAAGAAACUGAUGAAAAUGGCCAUCUUGAUGAAUCCGCAGAAGAAUCUAAAAGAAAAUUGGUAGAAGCUGCUAAAGAGUAUGAAGAGGCACGUGCAACUAAACGAAAAUAUGAUGAAGUUGAUUGUAUGACAGGAGAGGAAGAUGAUAUUAAUGUAUUUCAUUUGAAUUCAUGUAAAUUGUAUAUGUAUGAUAAUGGUAAAUCCAACUGGGUGGAAAAAGGACGAGGACAACUACGUGUCAAUGAUAUGGAUGGGGGACUAUCGUCAAGAGUAGUUAUGAGAAACAAUGGAAAUUUAAAAGUUAUUUUAAAUACUAAGAUAUGGGCUGACAUGAAAGUAGCAAAAGUGGGUGAAAAAGGUGUUAGAUUUACAGCAUUUGAAGAAGAUUCAAUUAAAAUAUUCCUUGUAUUUAUACCAGUUAAAAUUAUAGAAGAAUUAAUGAAUAUUUUACGGGUUCGUAUUGACAGACAUAGGGAAGCAGAUAAAAAAAGAAAACCAAGUACCAGUUGUGAUGAUGAUGAAGAAGGUACACUUGUCUAAUUGCUAUAUUUACUAUUUUUUUUUUUUAUCAUAAGUCUCAACAUAAAUUACAUUUAUAAUAUAAAAUAAAAUUAUUCCACUUUUUCACAAAAUAAAAUAUAUUUAUACAAAUAUUAAAUGUUAAUUAAUGUUCAUCAGUUUCUUUUACCUGAAACAAUACACUUAAGGUAUGAUCAAC